AUGUCGUCGACCACAUCGUCACCAGGCGCCAAAAUCCAGCAGGCCGUCACCGAUAAGCUCCCUCACCUUCCCGAGACCAAGGAGGAGCUCAAGGCCGAGAUCAAGGCUGAGGCCAAGGCCGCCGCCUCCGCGGGCGCCUCCCAGCUAAGGUCUUUUGUUGCUGGUGGUUUCGGUGGUGUCUGCGCCGUCGUCGUCGGCCACCCCUUCGAUCUUGCCAAGGUCCGCCUCCAAACAGCCGAGAAGGGCGUCUACACCGGCGCCAUCGAUGUGGUCAAGAAGAGUAUCGCCAAGGAUGGUCUAAGGAGGGGUCUUUACGCUGGUGUCAGCGCGCCGCUUGUUGGUGUUACUCCCAUGUUCGCUGUCUCCUUCUGGGGCUACGAUCUCGGCAAGCAAAUCGUCCGGGCCACCUCCACCGUCGCGCCCGACGGCAACCUCUCCAUCGCCCAAAUCUCCGCCGCCGGCUUCUUCUCCGCCAUUCCCAUGACCGCCAUCACCGCCCCCUUUGAGCGCGUCAAGGUGAUCCUGCAAGUCCAAGGCCAGCAGAAGCUCGCACCCGGCGAGAAGCCCAAGUACUCUGGUGGCAUGGACGUGGUCCGCCAACUCUACAAGGAGGGCGGUGUGCGCUCCGUCUUCCGCGGCUCCGUCGCCACUUUGGCCCGCGACGGCCCCGGUUCCGCCGCUUACUUCGCCGCCUACGAGUACAUCAAGAAGGCGCUGACGCCCAAGGACCCCGUCACGGGCGAAGCCAGCGGCAAGCUCAGUCUGGGUGCGAUUACUGUUGCUGGCGCGGGCGCCGGUGUUGCCAUGUGGAUCCCUGUCUUCCCGAUCGAUACCGUCAAGAGCAGGCUGCAGACCGCCGAGGGCAACGUGACGAUUGGCGGUGUCGUUAAGCAGCUGUACAGGGCGGGUGGUUACAAGGCUUUCUUCCCUGGCUUUGCGCCGGCGCUGGCUAGGGCGGUGCCUGCUAAUGCUGCUACCUUUUUGGGCGUCGAGUUGGCUCAUCAGGCUAUGAACAAGGCUUUUAACUAAGCUGAAGAAGGGGAUGAGAUGAGGAAGGGUGUUUCAGAAGCAUCGGGGUGUGCUGUGUUGUAAGACAUUUGAGGCCUGCUCUGGUCUGGUCUAUAUAUACUUCUUGGUUGAGCCACGUCUGAGCGUUUCUAGGUCAAGGACAGAAAGAUAUCAUGUGAUGUUAUACAGUAUGGGCGGCAGCGGUGCCUGGGAGUUUGGUUUGUAUUUUGUUUACAUAUACUUUGGUUAGAUACGGUAUACACGGGGCUUGUGUUAUGUCACCAAAAGUAUCGGGUUUCAUGAUCU